AGUUUUAAAAAUUUUUUCGCCCGCGCCGCAGCAUCCGUAUGCCAUUAAAAAGAAAUAAAAGUAAAAAUAGAGGAAACACGUUGGCUUUUUGGUGAAAAACAUUUAUAAUUUUUACCUAGAAUAUCCUUCACAACCCUGCCAGCAGCCGACGGUUUUGUGCGCCGGAGCAAAGCUUCCGCAGCCGUCAAAUCGAGAGCAUUACGGAUGCGAAUCCGAGUGGCGACAAAAGUGUGGCCCAAACGGAGCCAAAUUACGGUAGUGAAAAAAUUGUGGGUUCGCCGCUGACUGGAUUUUGUGCAAUUAUCGUUGGCGAAUCAAAGGAUCCUUGUUGUGCGGCGACAAAAAAUUACGAUUCCUGCUAGUUUAUCCUGUUCACGCGGAAAGGAUGUGAAGGACACGGCGGCAGGAGCUAGAGCGCGAUGGCGCCCGUCACCCGCAGCAGAAGGAGCAGUGGCAUAAUCCUUGAGAGCAGCGCCGCCCGAUGAAGGAUUGCAGCAUGGCCCGCAACUGCACAUGCACAUUCACAUUCACGUCUACGUUCGCAGGCACUGGCAGCAUAAAUAACGCAAGGACAUGGACGGCGCAACGAACGCGACGAGGACAAAGGCCCACGGCCUGUGACAGAAAUAAACGCCACCACCUCGUCCUCGCCCACAGCUAACCGACUAAAACGUGAACCUUUCCCCCACUCAAAACACACACACAUACACACACACAACCCAGAGUGAUAUUAUUUUUAAUGCAAUCAAAGUGCUAAGUGAGUUUGCCAAAAAAAAGAAAAGAGAAGAAGUAAAACCUAAGAGAGAGACUACAAAACUAGAGCGAAAAGCAAGAGUGAGAACGGUAGACGGACGUCAGGACCUAACCCAAUUUGGGAAGUUCGUCCUUUGAGAGCGACUCGCAAUCGCCCGGAAAGCAGGACGAACGGGAGGCGUCAGAGAAACCCAUAUGGACGACGGCAGGUGCAGCCCGGUUAGCCAGGUGAGCCAGGUCGGCCAGGAAGAGCUCUGCCAGUUGUACCGCAAACGGAGGCGACGCCACUGAACCAACGAUCAACCACCCAAUACUCGCCUAAAUGAAGAAUGAAGAAACAAAAUGUGCGCACGAUAUCCUUGAUCGUGUGUACAUUUACCUACUUGCUCGUCGGCGCCGCCGUCUUUGACGCCCUCGAAUCGGAAACGGAAAAGCGUCGCUGGGAGGCGCUGCAAGAUGCCGAGGACAUGAUAAUACGCAAAUACAAUAUCUCACAGGAGGACUUCAAAGUCAUGGAGACUGUGGUGCUCAAAUCGGAAUCGCACAAGGCCGGCCAGCAGUGGAAAUUCACUGGUGCAUUCUAUUAUGCAACCACGGUGCUAACCACCAUAGGCUACGGACACUCGACGCCCAGCACGGUGGGCGGGAAGCUCUUCACGAUGUGCUACGCCAUUGUGGGGAUUCCCCUGGGCCUCGUUAUGUUCCAGAGCAUCGGAGAAAGAGUGAAUAGACUGAGCAGCUAUGUUAUCAAAGCGGUCCGCUCCUCGCUGCGCUGCAAAAGGACCGUCGCCUCGGAAGUGGACCUUAUAUGUGUUGUGACCACACUCAGUUCGCUGACGAUAGCCGGCGGUGCUGCGGCCUUCUCGAAGUUCGAGGGCUGGAGCUACUUCGAUUCAGUAUAUUACUGUUUUAUUACUUUAACCACAAUAGGCUUUGGUGACAUGGUGGCAUUGCAGAGGGACAAUGCACUGAACAGGAAGCCCGAGUACGUGAUGUUCGCACUGAUAUUUAUACUAUUCGGCCUGGCCAUCGUGGCCGCCUCGCUGAACUUGUUAGUACUUAGGUUUGUUACAAUGAAUACCGAGGAUGAGCGACGCGACGAGGCCCAGGCCAUGCAGGCGCUGCAAGUUGCCGUGAAGCUGGAGGGCGAUGUGAUAACAUCCAACGGAUCCAUUCUGAGCGGCUACGAAGGACACGACGGCCAAUCCCUGAACGGAAGCAACACCUCGUCCAUGUGCUCGUGCCACUGCAUGUGUCUUAAUGGAAACCGGCACAGGAGAAGUAACCACUUGGGAAAGAACCAAAACGCAGAAAAUCAAUACAAGUUAAGGCGCUCGCCCACCCACAUCCGACACCUUCUGCCGGAGGUGGUGCCGAUGCAGGACCUGAACUACGACUACGACACCCAGAGCCUGCACACGCUGGCCGAUCGAGGGACCGUGGACAGCAGCUACAUGGGCGUGGACAUGGUGGACAUGGCCGAUACGACGAGCAUCGAACUGCGACCGCACACUCUGCUGAAGCGGAAUGUCUCGCUUCUAUCCAUUCGCAUCUAGGAACACGAUGAAGGAGGCUAUAUGAAAUACUGGUGGAGGACUAAAGCGGUUUGCAGGAACAACGAAUCGGCGGCCUAAGUCCUGUGGACCUGCCCUCGCCACAAAACGACUUACAAAUCGAAAGUGAUAACAAGGCUCUAAAUAGUACUUAAAUACUUAUGUAGAUUCGCAACUGAAUGUAGGACACGAUUGACUUGGGCGUUUGGAUAACCGUGCAAUUUUCGUAGGCUCCCCGAUAUGUGCUAUGCUAUGUGUGUGCAUUUACAGUGUGUGUGUGCAACUAGUGCAUUAAUCCACACAACACGUAGUGGACAUGAUAGAGACUAAUCCUAUAUGUUUACAUAUACAACACUUACAACUAGGGCACUAUACAAUUGAAUGUCAACCACUGCCAUUUCCGAGCGAUAGAACCUAGAAGCGAUGCGAAAGUUUAUGGAACGGCAACACCCACUUGUAGGCUUUCUAUUUUAACACCGAACAUCCAGUCAUCUGUAGCCUAUAGCAAAACUAUACCGAUUCCGAUAACCUGGAGCCAAGAUCAACCGGCGUACCUAUUGCUACGUUUACAUAGGCCAGAUAUUUUAAAAGUAAUUUAUUUUAUUUGAAGUAAAGAGGAUCCAAAUUUGAACCAAGAAAAUCCUACAACAUACGAACUAAAAAAUGUUUUGUUUUAAAUCACCAGAAACUCAAAAUAGAAAUUCAAUGUGUUUUUAACUGAUUUUCCACUAAUCGUGAAUAUUAACGUAGAAUACAAUCCCGGAGCCAAAAUAAAACGCAAUGAAGUGUCAAAUUAAUGCUGUAAAUACUCUAUAGCCGAUUAAUGUUAGAUAACGUUUAAAAAUCCAUUUUAUUCAGACUUAUCAUGAUUACGAACUGUUCGAGGGCAAACUUGAUAUUAGUUUACGAUUACGAUGCGCAUGUAGUUAGUAGCCGCAACUCAGGCGACAUCCUCGAACUAACCAAGUGUCGAACUACUUAGCUAGAAGCCAAAACCAUUCCAGGCGACUCCAGUGCUCAAGUGACUCCGCGAUGUGCCAAAUAACCCACGCGUACGGGAUAGUUAGUCGCAGAAGGGCAUUCAAAUGCUUGCACCGUACGUGUGCUAGACAGACAUACCGUCUCAGACCCCAAGACCUCCCCCUCUCGCAUUUAUGCAAAGAAUGCAUUUAGUUAUAGUUGUAGAUAAUGUCCAACCGAAUUCCCCCCUCCCACACUUAGUUAAGCAUUCCCCCCGUGGAUAUUGUUUUACGGCAUUCGCAUUUAAAAUAGAUUUUUCGAUAAAGAAAACCCAAUAUGCUCAUUCGAGACGUCAAACGCUUCAAAGAAAUCUCUCUUUUAUCCUUAUGUGCUUUGUAUAUAAUAGUAUACUUAAUUAAUACAAGUAAUUACUUUAAAGAGAACGAUAAAUUGUUAGAACCGAAACUUUGUCAGUUUAAAAACUUAGUUAUGUACUUUAUUUAACUUGACCAUUUUUAGCGUGCUAAUUAAUUUCCAAAUUUUAAAUAUUUACAUAUAAUAAAUUUCAGCCAAUGGGAUUUAAAUAACCAAUGGAAUUCUUUAAAUUCAAGAAAAAUAAAAUCAAUUGAAAUUGUAAUUUUAAUUCAGGCAAAU